GGACAGCGCGGCGCCGGGAGCGCGGGCCGCUCGCCGAGCCCCAGCCGAGCAGAUCCGAGCCGGGCCCGGAGCGCCCGGUCCCAGUGCCCGCAGCCAUGCCUGCCGGCCGCGCCGCGCGCACCUGUGCGCUGCUCGCCCUCUGUCUCCUGGGCAGCGGGGCCCAGGAUUUCGGUCCGACACGCUUCAUCUGCACCUCGGUGCCCGUGGACGCCGACAUGUGCGCCGCGUCGGUGGCCGCCGGCGGCGCGGAGGAGCUCCGGAGCAACGUGCUGCAGCUCCGCGAGACCGUGCUGCAGCAGAAGGAGACCAUCCUGAGCCAGAAGGAGACCAUCCGCGAGCUGACCACCAAGCUGGGCCGCUGCGAGAGCCCGAGCACGCUGGACGCGGGCGCCAGCGAGGCCCGGACAGGCGGCGGCCGCAAGCAGCCUGGCUCCGGCAAGAACACCAUGGGCGACCUGUCCUGGACGCCGGCCGCCGAGACGCUCAGCCAACUCGGGCAAACUUUGCAGUCGCUCAAAACCCGCCUAGAGAACCUCGAGCAGUACAGCCGGCUCAAUUCCUCCAGCCAGACCAACAGCCUCAAGGAUCUGCUGCAGAGCAAGAUCGAUGACCUGGAGAGACAGGUGCUGUCUCGGGUGAACAUUCUGGAGGAAGGCAAGGGGGGCCCCAAGAACGACACCGAGGAGAGGGUCAAGAUUGAGAGCGCCCUGACCUCCCUGCACCAGCGGAUCAGCGAGCUGGAGAAAGGCCAGAAGGACAACCGUCCUGGAGACAAGUUCCAGCUCACAUUCCCACUGCGGACCAACUACAUGUACGCCAAGGUGAAGAAGAGCCUGCCGGAGAUGUAUGCCUUCACCGUGUGCAUGUGGCUCAAGUCCAGUGCGGCGCCGGGGGUGGGCACACCCUUCUCCUAUGCCGUGCCCGGCCAGGCCAAUGAACUGGUCCUCAUCGAGUGGGGCAACAACCCCAUGGAGAUCCUCAUCAACGACAAGGUGGCCAAGCUGCCCUUUGUCAUCAAUGAUGGCAAGUGGCACCACAUUUGUAUCACCUGGACCACCCGGGACGGAGUCUGGGAAGCCUACCAGGAUGGCACCCAGGGUGGCAAUGGUGAGAACCUGGCGCCCUAUCACCCCAUCAAGCCACAAGGCGUGCUGGUGCUGGGCCAGGAGCAGGAUACACUGGGUGGAGGAUUUGAUGCCACCCAAGCGUUCGUGGGUGAGCUGGCCCAUUUCAACAUCUGGGACCGCAAGCUGACCCCAGGAGAGGUGUACAACCUGGCCACCUGCAGCACCAAGGCCCUUUCUGGCAACGUCAUCUCCUGGGCCGAGUCCCACAUCGAGAUCUACGGUGGAGCCACCAAGUGGACAUUUGAAGCCUGUCGCCAGAUCAACUGAGGCUCCAGGCUGGGCUGAGCCUCCCAGCCUUUGGCCCCCGGCCCCCGCCCACCUGCCCCUGCUUGUGCCAUGAUGAUCCGUCGUCUCUUCUCUCCCUUUCCCCUAGGAAUGACUCAAGGCAGUCGCCCUCGCACAUGCGCACACGCAGACGUGCACACGCAUAUGCACACAGCCUGGUUCCGUCCUCACACACAGAAGCAGGCCUGGCUCCCAUCUGUCCCGAGGAGGUCCCACUUCUCACUAGGAGCCCCAUGCUGUUCCUCAGGCACGCCCCGCUCACCGCUAACGCAGGUGGCUGAGACAUUUUGAACAAUGCAAAAGUAGGUGAGAG